AUGCCGGCGAUGCUGACGGCGCUUAACUAUAGCAAGGACCGCAAAGUCGGUGAGGGUACCUAUGCCGUGGUCUACCUCGGUAAACAGGUAAACACCGACCGCAAGAUUGCUGUCAAGGAGAUUAAGACCGGUCUCUUUAAAGAUGGCCUCGAUAUGCUGGCUAUUCGUGAAGUCAAGUACCUCCAAGAACUCCGCCACCCCAACGUCAUCGAGCUUAUUGACGUGUUUUCCGCCCACAACAACUUGAACCUUGUGCUUGAGUUUCUUCCCUGUGACCUCGAAGUGUUGAUUAAAGACCAUAGCGUCACUUUUAGUGCUGGCGACAUUAAGCUGUGGCUCCUUAUGACCCUUCGAGGUGUGCACCACUGCCACCGCAAUUUCAUUCUCCACCGAGACCUUAAGCCGAAUAACUUGUUGCUUGCUCCUGACGGCCAGUUGAAGAUUGCCGAUUUUGGGCUUGCCCGGCUGUUGGGUAAUAUCAACGAGGACUUGACGCUGAACGUGGUGACGCGGUGGUACCGUGCUCCCGAGUUACUAUUCGGUGCUAAACAUUAUACUGGGGCGAUCGAUGUGUGGGCAGUGGGGAUUAUCUUUGCUGAGCUCAUGAUCCGUGCCCCUUACCUUCCAGGGCAAGACGAUGUCGACCAGAUGGACGUUACCUUCCGUGCUCUUGGCACUCCUACUGAACAGACGUGGCCUAACGUCAGCAGUCUCCGCUUGUACGACUCGCUUAAAGUGUACCCUCCUCCCUCUCGCCAGGAAUUGAGGCUUCGAUUCAGUGCUGCUACCGAAGAGGCAUUGGAUCUCAUGAUGAUGAUGACUCAGCUUGAUCCCAGUCGACGGUGUACUACGGAACAGGCGUUGCAGCACAAAUAUUUUACUGAUAGUCCCGAACCUACACCACCGGAGAAGCUCCCUCUGAAGCGAACUCCACUGGACGAACCCGACUCCAAACGAAGAAAAGUCGAAUGA